AUGGCCUUUAGUGACGCUGAUAUACAAAAGCAGAUUAAACACAUAAUGGUUUUCAUUGACCAAGAAGCCAGUGAGAAAGCACAAGAAACAAAUGCAAAGGCAGAAGAAGAGCUCAACAAGAACGGUCGUCUUGUACAGACCCAAAGCCUGCAGAUUGUGGAGUACUAUGGGAAGAAGGAAAAGCAGAUUGAGCAGCAGAAGAAUCAAGUGAGGCUGAAAGUCCUCAGAGCAAGAGAUGAGCUUGUCACUACUCUAACUGAAGCAAAGCAGAGGCUCAACAAGGUGGUAAAAGAUACGACCAGGAACCAACUUGUGAUGGAAGGACUGGUGCUCCAGGGUUUGUACCAGUUGUCGGAGUGCCAAAUGAUUGUGCACCGCAGGAAUUUCCCCUUGGUAAAGGCUGCGGUGCAAAAAGCAAUCCCUAUAUACAAUAUUGCCACCAACAAAGAUGUUGAUGUUCAAAUUGAUCAGGAGGCCUACCUGCCUGAGGACAUAGCUGAUGGAGUUGAGAUCUGUAAUGGGGAUGUUAAAAUAAAAGUUUCCAACACUCUGGAAAAGCGGCUGGAUCUCAUAGCCCACCAGAAGUUCAGGAGCCUUGUUCAGUACAAAUACAAAAAGGAAGUUUUUGGACUAAGCCUUGAGCAGGUGGAGUUCAUCCUCUGCAUUAUGUCUGAAGAAGUAAGAUUGACUGUGUAUCUUCCUCUCAGCUGUUCUAAUACUGUCCGACAUUUACCCAUCAUGCCCUUUUGUAGCUGA